AUGCAUCCCGCCACCUCCCUCCUGCUUGCCGGUGCUGGCAUCGCCAACGCAUACACCAUUGCCUCGGCCAAGCCCUUCAUGCGCAAGAACAUCGAUCCCGUCGUCAUCCCCGGCCAGUACAAGAGCCACAUGCACACCUUCUUCGGCUCCGAUGCCGUCACUAUCAACACCAACUCCUCCAAGGAGCUCCAGGCCGGCUGCUCGACCGCCGAGAACCCCAACGACUACUCAUCCUACUGGGUCCCUACCCUCUACGUCAAGAACGACACCGGCAUGAACCCCGUGCCCUUCAGCCGCUUCAGCGCUUACUACGUCUCCAUCGAGAACGCCGAGGUCGCCAUCCCGCAGGACUACAAGACCAUCGCCGGUAACGCCCAGGGCACCAAGCAGUCCGACGUCGAGGAGCUCGCCGGCAUCGAGUGGUUCUGCGAGGGCGACGCCACCGAGGAGGGCAAGGAGGCCGCCGCCUGGCCGACCAAGACGUGCUCGACGCACCUGCAGACCCUGCUGCUCUUCCACGACUGCGUCAACGAGCAGACGCUCGAGUCGGCCUACUCGGGCACCCAGAACUGGCGGGACGGCUUCAAGCCCGCCAACCGCUGCCCCGAGGGCAUGAAGCGCAUGCCGCAGCUGCGCUUCUCGAUCCGCUACGACCUCCGCAGCAUCCUGCCCGGCGGCUGGGACGGCACCCCGCCCUUGGAGCUCGCCUGCGGCAACUCCUUCUGCACCCACGGCGACUUCAUCAACGGCUGGCUGCCCGAGGCCGCCACCAACAUGCUCAAGGCCAACAGCAAGCGCGAGUUCGCCGGCGUCGACGGCCCCGACGGCAAGUACAACGCCGGCUCCAAGUGCGGUGCCGAGAACGCCAAGGACGCCGAUCCCACCAACGGCACGUCGGACUACGACGAGAGCGUCAAGCUGAUGAGCGGCAAGCGCAGCAUCGGCCAGCGCUCCCAGUCUCGUCGCGCUUGA